AUGUCAAGACCACGUGUAACGGAGUACUUUGAACUGUUGGUUUCCAUUUUACAGGAAAAUGAUAUCAUGACUAAACCUGGGCACAUAUACAACAUGGAUGAAUCUGGUUUGCAGCUCUGCAAUAAAGCAACACAAGUUAUUGCUACUAAAGGAUCCAAACAGGUCUCUUCUAUAACCUUGGGUGAAAAGGGUGAGACUAUUACAGUGAUUGCAUGUUGUAAUGCCGAAGGAACAUUUUUACCGCCAGUUUUUAUUAUGAAAGGAAAAAAUAAAAAAGCUGAAUAUGAAGAUGAGCAGUUUUUACCUAGAAAACCUCCAGGAAAAGUUCUUCUUUUGGUAAAUGGGCAUGCCUCGCAUCACAGUUCUGGAGAAACGCUUGAGUAUGCUGAUGAGAAUGACGUUAUAAUUCUAAGCUUACCCAGUCAUACAACUCAUUUCCUACAGCCUUUGGACCGAGCUGUUUUUAAAUCUCUAAAAUCAGCGUGGAACAACGUGUGCAAUAAAUGGAUGAGAUCAAAUUCUUCACGAAAAAUUAGCAGGCUACAAUUUGGUACAUUAAUAUCAGAGGCUUGGGCAAAAGCAGCAACAACCUCAAAUGCAAUAUCUGCAUUUAAAAGUACAGGCAUAUACCCAUACGAUCCCGAUAUCAUACCGGAUUAUGCGUACUUGAUUGAUGAAAAUGCAGAGAACCGUCAGCAUGACGGUAUGCCUGCUGAAAAUCAAAAAAAAUCCGACGAAGCAAGAGUUUGUACUCAGCCGGAGUUGCCGUUUGUUCCAAGCACGUUAGCUGAACCCAUUGCUGGCCCUUCUUCUCGACCAGAUAAUCCUUUCCCAAACGAAGUUUUAAAAAAAAGUGACAGUGACUCAGAAAUCAGUAGUGAAGAAAUAGUGUAUCAAGAUUCUGAUGAAAAAGGAAGCGAAGAUGAAUGCUGUACCGGAUGUGGAGAAGAAUAUUCUGCCACUAAAAAAAAGGACGAUUGGAUACAAUGUUUGUACUGCAAAACAUUGUAUCAUGAAAAUUGUAGCAAAUAUAUUAACGUUUGCGAUCUUUGUGGAAAACUUUUGUCUAAGAAGAAAUAA